AUGGCGGUGAGGAACAACGGGAAGGGGAAUUGGGAUGCGAGCAGGAAGGAGGGGUCAUGCAAGAACUUUGGGCAGAAAUUCUGCAAGUUGUUCUUCGCUGCGGAAUCUGGGAAGCGAUUGCCGUCGGGUUUUCAUGCUAAGCCUUCCAAGGAUCUGGUUGGUCCAAUAGAAAGUGAUGAAAGGGACAAACAAAUGUCCCCUGUUACCCAAGAGGAGAAUCAUGGAACCAAGAAGAAGACUAGAGAAAUAGAUGCAAAUGGCUCUACAUUGAGGAAGCACUGUAAUGGAGCUUUGGUUGGUGACAACUCAGUUAGCCUUAAUAAUACUGAAGUUCAUGUAGAAUCCACCAAGCUUACUCUUUGUGUCACAGAUUCUGUUUCAUCAUACCGUGUGUCAGAAGAAAGUAUCUCUCGCAACGAGUCCUCAAAGUCUACACCCGGGCCGCUCAAAUUGUCUAAGGAUGUGGAUAUAUGUGGAAAAAAAAAAAAUAUCUCUCACAACAAGUCCAAGUCAGUACCGAUGCUGCUCAACUUUUCCAAGGAUGUGUAUAUAGAUGGAAAAACCAUUGCGGAAGUUCAAAGACAACCAGAAGUAAUAUCGCAAAGGCCACCAGUUUAUGAAGAACAGCAGAACAACGCUCUUCGAAAGGCAAAGCAAUAUAAAUCGAAGUACCCUAUAACUAUGCAAAUAAUGAAGGAGACUUAUGUCUACAAGACAUUUUUCAUGAAUAUUCCAUGUGAAUUUGUCAGGGAGUAUCUUCCCCGCACCGACAAGAAGUUGACACUCUUGGAUCCACAAGGAAUGACUUGGGAAGUUAAUUAUGUCUAUUGCAACCAGCGUUGUUCUGGCGCUUUCAGUCAGGGCUGGGGCAAGUUUUCGGUAGGUAAUCACCUGGAGACGUUUGAUGUCUGCGUCUUCGAGCUCCUCUCAGAGGACAACAUAAACGUGCGCAUCUACAGAGCAAAUGCCGCACUAUAUCCUUAUCUCUCAUAUUGA